GGAGCGAUAAUUUAAACCAGUAGCGAGGCGGAGUGGAGCAAUUUAAACCAGUUUGUGCUGUGAAUUGUGAAGAGAAGGGAGUUCAGAAAUGGCGUUGCGUGUCACAAGGAGCACUCGCUUACCCAGCAAUGAGAACCCGAACCCCGUGGCUGGGAAAGCGGUGACGGUGAGCAGGCCUGUGCUGAGGCCGAGGGCCGCUCUGGGGGAAAUCGGCAACGCGGUUUUGCCUCGACAGCCUUUGAGGAAAAAGCAGGAUGUGAAGGCUGCAUCUGUGGUGGUUGAGAAGGUCCCUGAGCCAGUUCAAGAGGCAAAAAAACAGGAGCCAAAGCAGCUGCCGAAAGUGGAAAAUGAGGAGAUAGUUUCUGAGCCAUCGUCUCCUGUGCCCAUGGAAACAUCUGGCUGUGCCCCAGAUGAUCUGUGCCAGGCUUUCUCUGAUGUGCUUCUUAAUAUCAAAGAUGUGGAUGCUGAUGACUAUGACAAUCCCAUACUCUGUGGCGAAUAUGUGAAGGACAUCUACAAAUACCUCCGGCAACUUGAGGCUGAUCAGGCUGUCAGGCCAAGGUAUCUGGAAGGAAGGGAAAUCACUGGGAACAUGCGUGCCAUCCUUAUUGAUUGGCUUGUCCAGGUCCAAAUCAAAUUUCGGUUGCUGCAGGAGACCAUGUACAUGACUGUUGCGAUCAUUGACCGCUUUCUUCAGGAUCAUCCUGUUCCAAAAAAGCAGCUCCAGCUGGUUGGUGUAACGGCUAUGUUCAUUGCCUCCAAAUAUGAGGAAAUGUACCCACCUGAGAUUGCAGACUUUGCCUUUGUGACAGACCGUGCCUACACCACUGCACAGAUCCGGGAGAUGGAGAUGAACAUCCUGAGAGUCCUGAAUUUCAGCUUUGGCAGACCUCUGCCACUCCAGUUCCUACGCAGGGCCUCAAAAAUUGGAGAGGUUACAGCAGAGCAGCACACUUUGGUUAAGUACUUUGUGGAGCUUACCAUGGUGGACUAUGACAUGGUGCAUUUUGCUCCCUCUCUCGUUGCCAGUGCUGCUUUUGCCCUCAUGUUGAAAGUCUUCAACUGUGGUGAAUGGACCCCCACACUGCAAUACUACAUGGGCUACACGGAGGACAGCUUGAUCCCGGUCAUGCAGCACAUUGCCAAGAAUGUGGUCAGAGUCAAUGAAGGACUCGCCAAGCACCUGGCGGUUAAGAACAAAUACUCCAGUCAGAAGCAAAUGAGGAUUGCAUCCAUGUCUCAACUUAAAUCAUCAAUGGUCAAGGACCUCGCCAAGCAAGUCUCCCAAUGAGACUGGAACAAACUCCAGCACUAUGUGCUGAUUUGUAAAAAUUGUAACUUAACUGCAUGCUUUUACCUGACCUCUUAAUUUUUAAAAUUUUUUUUUUUUGGGUGUAUGGAAUGGUUUAAAGUUGUGCAUUUUACCAGGAUGCUUUACUCUACACUGCCAAUGUCUUGGUAAAUUUAACCUGUUCAUGUUUGAAGCAAUCUUGUACUUUCUUAAUGCAUUUUAAAAUAAACAUUUUAAGUGUUGCGACAACUGA